UGUUCCCGUUUAGCUACGUCAGGCGUUGUCCCCCCCGCCAGCCAUGCGUAUUGAGCUUGUUGUUGGGUUGGUUGUUAUGACUGGACGAGGCCUCGGACUAAAUUAGGUGAGAAACCCCAAACCCCCCGUCGCCGCCACGGGACACCCGCCAUGGAGGGCAUGGACAUUGAUUUGGACCCGGAGCUCAUGCAGAAAUUCAGCUGCAUGGGCACCACUGACAAAGACGUGCUCAUCUCCGAGUUCCAGAGACUGCUUGGGUUCCAGCUGAACCCUGCCGGCUGCGCUUUCUUCCUGGACAUGACUAACUGGAACCUGCAGGCAGCCAUCGGUGCGUAUUACGACUUUGAGAGCCCCAACAUCAACGCGCCCUCGAUGUCCUUCGUGGAGGACGUGACGAUUGGGGAGGGGGAAUCUGUGCCCCCCGACACAGAAUUCACGAAGACCUGGAGAAUACAGAACACGGGCUCGGAGUCCUGGCCCCCGGGGGUGUGUCUGAAGUACGUGGGCGGGGACCAGUUCGGUCAUGUGAACAUGGUGAUGGUGCGUUCGCUGGAGCCCCAGGAGGUGUGUGACGUCAGCGUGCAGAUGCGCAGCCCGGUGGCCCCGGGCAUGUACCAGGGCCAGUGGAGGAUGUGCACGGCAACGGGACUCUUCUACGGGGGUAAGGGAGCCCCGGGCACGGCUAUGGGACUCUUCUACGGGGACGUGAUCUGGGUGAUCCUGAGCGUGGAGGUGGGCGGGCUCCUGGGCGUGACGCAGCAGCUGUCGUCGUUCGAGACGGAGUUCAACACGCAGCCGCACCGCAGCGUGGAGGGCGACUUCAACCCCUUCGCCUCGCCGCAGAAGAACAGGCACCCCUCCAGCGAGGGCAGCCUCAAAGACCCGGGGGGCCCCUGGGGCGACGGAGCGCCCCCCGACAAAAUCCACCAGGAUCAAAACGGACUGUCACACAACUCUGUAAAUAUAACACCAAACGGUCUCCAGAGCAACCUAUCAGUAGUGACAUACAGCCAGCCGUUGAAUUCCGCACUGGACAAACACAGUGUGUCAGUGAGCCAGGCCUCGCAGUCACAGACAGAACUGGCAGGAUUUGAGGCCUACUGACUGGGCCACUGACUGAAUUUGGGGUACGGUGUCCCCCCCCCGGUAGGCUCCAUUCGCUCACAUUUUGAUGCCGUUUCUCAUUCGCGCAGCGGGAAAUGCAAGCAGCUCCAGUUAGGAGCUAGGCUAACGGCCUAGGCUAACAGGCCCAAGCACCUGCACCCUGGUGCACCUGAACAUAAGAACACUGGAAAGUGACGAUGAGAACAGGCCAUGCAGCCCAAGAAAACCUGGGCCCCUUAAAAAGCUGUGCUGCACAGAGUACAAAAACUGUACCUCGUGAAGAGGUUCUCAAGAGAAAAUAUGCUAUUUUCCACGUGGUUUUGUAUUCCAGUGCAUUGCGGCAGUGUGUAUUCCAGUGCUGUGUGUAAGUGUGUAUUCCAGUGCUGUGUGUUUUUGUCCUGUCAGUGUUGAAGUAAUGCUCUGGCAGAAUAGGCCUCUUGGGUGGCUGUUGCUCUCAUGUAGAGGAUGUGAUCAGAUAACGUGCUGGUGUUUGAGCCCCUGGUCUCACCCACGCUCCUAAGGUAACCCUCCUUCCUCUCCCUCUCUCCCGCUUUCUUUCUCUCUCUCUCCCUCUCUGCCCCUUUCUCUCUCCAUCCCUCCUUCUCUCCCUCUCUUUCACAGGGUAUUCAUGGGCCCUAUCCUUUCGGACAGUCUUAAAAGCGAGGGAUCGCCGUGACUGGGCAGUCGCCUUACGGUCACCCCAAAGAGGGGACAAAGGGGGGGUAACAGAAAUUUCAUACUGACACUUGGCCAGACCCCUUACACCCCUGCCACCCCCACCCGCCCAAACAGCAACGCAGAUGAGAAGUGAAGAUUCGGCUGUUUUGCUCCCUAUAAAUAAUUCAACCUACAUCCACAAGCACCCAACGUACGCAUGUGUGAAUGCUAAAUUAAAAAGAGUGAUAGAAAUCUUUUAAAAGAGAUGUCAAAUACACAACUUACUUUUUUUAUUAUUAUUUUGUUCUGCCAUCACGCAAUUAAGCGGAGACUGCUGGUUUGAGAGAGAGGAGCGAGCGUGUGCUUGUUGCGUGCAUGCAUGUGUGUGUGUGCGUGUGCACACGGGCGCAAGUGUGCACACAUAGGGUUUGAGACACACGAUGUGAAAAAGCCAUUUAAAAGUUAUUUUGCCUGUUGAGAGAUUGGUAGUUUUUGAAUUAAUGUUGAAAUGUGUUCAAUCUUUUGUCUUUUUUUUUCUUUUCUUUUUUUUACAUUUUAAUAAUAAUUUCAAAGUGUAUACUCUUUGGGGGAGGAAUGUAUGCGCGUCUUUAUGUGAAGUUCCCACGCGGUGAUGUGAGUCUCUGGACGUGGCAUUGCUUAUUUAGGCAUUUAGCAGGUGCUCAUCUCCAGCAUGGCUAAUGCGGUAUGUAACAUGUUUUUACAUACAAUCCAUUCAUACAGCUGGCUAUUAUUACUGAAGCAGUUCAAUUUUAGCACCUUGCUCUAGGGCAGGCUCAAUCUUAUCCGGAAAGGGCCGGUGUGGGUGCGGGCUUUUGUUCCAACUGGGCAGUUACACACCUGAUUUUACUAAUCAAGGCCCUUGGGAUCUUUGCUAAGCACCCUGAUUAGUGGAAUCAGGUGUGUAACUGCCCAGUUGGAACAAAAGCCUGCACCCACACCCACACCUUUCUGGAUAAGACUGAGGACCCCUGCUGUAGGGUUACAAGGGUAUCGCCCCUGCUGGGAAUCGAACCCACAACCUUUAAAAGGCUAUAAUACCUGCCUACUGCACCGCCACACCUGGACUCUUUGCUUUAUUGUUUUUUUUUUGUCACAUGAACACGCUGUUGCAGGCGAUCACGAGGUUUGGAAAUGUCACGCGCGCGUCAUUUGCCUGAACUGCUGGCUCCACGGAGGUCCCGGUGUUUGUUUAGGCAAAGCGGUCCAGCAGGUGGCGCUGUUUAUCAAACGACCCAAUCGGGCGAGAGCAUGUCGCAGAAAACACACCGGUCUGAAAUCGCUUUUUCUUUCUGCCACCCAGAGAGCUGAGCUUGGGCUGUGAACGCUCGCCUGACUGCUGUUUCCAUGGCUUCGCCUGCUAUAAAACUUUAAAAAAAAAUAAAAAAAAACACCACAUUUUGUCACUGGUCACAUGGUGCUAUCUUUCCAAAGCAGGGGUUUACACGCGAUCGAAGUGUGCACAGAGAGGAAGCCAGCUAGCCGUUAGCAUGCCGUAUCCAAGCGAGACGCUGUAUGCCCUGUUGCUCUGAUGGAGGUGAUAUGUGUUCUGUUGCUCUUUAUUUAGCAUAGUUUGCUUUUGUAAUUUUUUUACAACAUUAUUUUUACUUUAUUGUUUUUUAUUUUUUAUUUUGGACAGGUCUUGGUGUGUCAUGACGAUGUCAUUGCUCAUAUCAGUGAUGGGGGGGGGUGUUUCCAGGGUUGCAAUCCACAGUCCUGUUUUGCUAAAAAAACAAAAUUCUGUUGGUCAUCCAUGUUCUAAAUAUGCAAAUGGAGAGUAGGCUGGAGCCCUGCGACUGGUGUGUGUUCGCUGCGUCGUGCUCGCUCUCCGUAAAGAGCAGCAGGCUGCGACUGAGCGUGCAAGAUGCGCGCUCGCGAACGCGUCGAAAACAAGUCGAAGGAAAUAUGAAGACACAGAUUUGACUUGCGCACUCAAUAUUUUUGGCACCUUGUAACUGUGUCCUGCAUGUAUCAUUUGUUUCCUGUGUGUGGAUGUAAAAAAAAAAAAGGAAAUUGAUGGCCUUAACUGAGCUGGGCAAAUAGUAGUUGUGUUAUGUGUAUGAAUACCCUGUUUUGAAGUUUAUAUUAAUUCAUUUGUCAUUCUUUGUGUUUUUUCCCCCCGCACAUUUCAGGUAUGAAUUGAACCUUGGUUUUUAGCAUCAAGCAUGUUUGUGAUCACAUGGUUCCUGCAAGGUUCUCCAUGUCUUUGCACUGAAUAAUUCCGUUCCUCCUUGCUUGUGGAAACUCACUGAGAAGUGACAUUAUGAUCAGUGAAGGUAGGGCUUUCACAGAUGGGUUAAUGCCUCUUCUUCUGUGUUUUCCCACCUCUCACCACCUUGGAGGACUGGCUGUUUUUAGCCGAUUUCCGUUGGGAUUUAUUUUUCUGUAAAACUGUCCAAAGUGCUUCGUUAGACAGUCACCUUGUCCCGAAGAGUAUACACAGAUGCCUUUUUUUUUUUUUUUUUUGCUUUUUGUCUGAAUUUCUGCGACUUAUUUUUUUGCGUGAGCGCGUGAGUUUGAUUUCAUGCCUAUACUGGUGUUUUUAUUUUGACUUUUCUGUGUAGCGUUUUGAGCAGGUUGCCAUGGCGAAUGAGUGGAUGAGUCUUUGUAGUUCUAUGAUAGCACAUUUAAGAGGAGAUAAAAGAAAAUGUUGAAACAAAGCAGUUUAAAGCCUUUUUCCUGUAUGUAUAAAUGAACAUUUGUAUGAUUAAAUUAACACUGAAAAAUAA